AAAUGAAAAUGACUAUAGGGCAAAUGAUUUAUAGCCCAAAUCGUGAACCUAAUGAGCCCAAUGGAACCAAUAGCAGCUCUCUCGAUCCAGGAUCGAGUAGCAUGGAAUGUGCUUCUCGCUCAUACCGAUUCGUUGCACUCGGUAAACAUCUGCUUAUGCGCCACUUUUGUUGCUUAACUAAUCGCGCCUGUUUUCGACUAGAAAUGGCGAACUUAGCAGUCUUCGUUCUUUAAUUGUCUACGGAAAUCAAAGUUUAUAACUGCAACGGUCGGCACGUGAGGUGUUUGUAAAAAUUUCCACCUGAAUUCCUUCAAUUGCAUCUUCAUCUACUGAAAGAAACUCGAGCACCAUACACUUCUGAGGUGAAUAUGGGUUACAGAUAUUGUAAUGAUGGAGUAUUGGAGAGGUGUUCUAAAGGUUCCGGUGGAUCCAACCAGCAGAAGUUACUGCAGAGUUGGCGUGUCUCUCUGCCUCUCACCAAGUUCCAAAUCAUUAGCUGUACCUUCUGCAAAUGCCAUCUUCUUUUCUGGGGAUAGAGUUGAAGGGACCAGGAAUCCUAUGAUUGAGAGGCUAUCUAAUCUGCAGAAAGUUGCUGAAAUUCUGGUCUCUAAAUUUGGCGGUUCUGUUAAUGCUUGGGUUAUUGAGGCUUCCAUUUUCAAUGGGCCUUUCGCCGUUUAUAGAGAUUUAAUUCCAUCAGUAAAUCGGUGGGGGGAACCAAAAUCUUACAGCCCAGCUGGAUUCCCUGCUUCUACCUCAACCAUCUCUCUCUUAUCAAAUUGCCUAAAAGAGGCAAAAAAGGUCAUUUCAACAAAAGAGAAAGAGCCAUUGACCACCAGAGUAUCAUCUUCAUCUUCUUAUGAGCCCAAAACAUACAUCCUUGGAUUUAGUAAAGGCGGCACUGUACUUAACCAGCUAGUAGCUGAACUGAGCAUUUCAGAAGUAAAAUCAAAUUCAAAGGAAAAACAUAGGAGCAGGGAAUCUUCUGAAGACGAUUUCCAAAUCAUACCACAUAGUAAAGAAAGCCUUCUAAACAGCAUCACAGAGAUCCAUUACGUGGAUGUGGGUUUAAACUCUGCGGGUGCAUAUAUAACUGACCAUAAUGUGAUUGAAAGAAUAUCCAAACGUCUCAUGCAAGGAGCUCCAGGAAUUCGUUUUGUCCUUCAUGGAACACCGAGGCAAUGGUGUGAUAGCAGGCGAGUUUUGAUACGUAAUGAAAAAGACAAAUUGGUUAAUCUGCUCGUGUCCGAAGCUCAAAAGAGUGAAGGGAAACUAGAGGUGUGUGAGAAAUUAUAUUUUGCUGAUAGAACUCCAGAUCUGCCGAUGCACUUCGAAAUUAUUGAAAGUAUGGAGGUUAGGUGAGUGUUGAUUUGCAAAUUUUGGUUGGCACUCUUAAUGCUGUAAUUAUACAUGCAACUUGAGGAAAAUAUGAUGAGAUCCAAUUUGUUCUGUGCA